AUGAUUAUAGUUGUCCCGGAGAAAGUUUUCUUCGGGUGUUUCCGUGAAGUCAAGUCCGCAAAAAAAAGUAGUCCAUCCAAAACUUUGACGCAUGCGCACAAUACUUUUAUAGCAACAUUCACCCAAGAAACCAAGGAAGCUGAAGAGAUGGUCAAUUUAUACGAACGAUAAAAGAGGAAGAUCCUUUAAUUCGCAAUUCCAAGCUGCGAUUUGUAAUUUACACGAAGCCUUAGAAGUGGAGAAAAAGCUUGGAGAUCUUUUAGUUCCUUUGGAAAACGUCAGAGAAAGAGUUGCUACAUAUUUGAACAUAUCAUUACCUAGUGUGACCAAAUAUGUGGAGAUUGGGGCCACAGGGCAACAAUUUGAGACUCCUGGGAAGGUUCGACCUCAUCCUGCACCAAAACGGAGUAUUCCUGAUAAGGUAAAAGAUGACAUUUACCAUGUUAUUUAUGACAUUUACAAUCAGCGAAGGACUGUGACAGUAAAGGAGUUAUUGCAGAUAAUAAGAGAAAAGAAGAUCGAAUUUCACGGUGGAGAGGAGAUUUUCCGGAAAAUCCUGCAUGAUAAGGGAUUUUCCUACAAAAAAAGGGAUGGCAAGCGUUAUGUGGUUGAACAACCACAUAUCAUUUUUAAAAAGAUUAAAUUUCCUGAAGGCAUAUAGGGACAACAUGCUGGAUUCCAAGAGACGAGACGUCGUCUUCUUAGAUGAAACUUGGACAUUUCAGAGAGGAACCGGAAAAACUCGCGAUUGGCAGUCUGGAGAUUUCCGGAGCUGUUCCAUCAAGAGUGCUGCAACAGGGAGUAGAUAUUUGGUUUGUCACGCAGGUGGUGAAAAUGGGUUUAUUUCAGGUGCUUCACUACUGCUGAACACAAAGAAAAAACCAAAAGAUGGAGACGAUUAUCAUGGAGAUAUGGAUGCAGCUUUAUUUAAGAAAUGGUUUUCCACGCAACUUCUUCCCAACCUGAAGAAACCAUCUCUAAUUAUCAUGGACAAUGCUGCCUAUCAUAGUAAAAUGGUAAAUCCACAACCUUCAUCGAACUGGACGAAAGCCCAACUCAUGAAGUGGCUUGAAGAACGCAGCAUUUCUUUUAGGAUCGACGAGAAGAAUAAGGAUCUCCUUCACAAGUGCCAGGCUCAUAAGGAGGAUAUAAAAUAUGAAAUAGACGAAAUAGUGGCCCAAACUGAGCAUAAAAUACUUCGUCUGCCUCCAUACCAUUGCUGUUAUAACCCAAUCGAGAUGGUUUGGGGGAUAACAAAAAGGUAUUUUGACAAACAUGUUGGUCGAGGGAAUGAUUUUUCUGAGGCCAACAUGUUGAACAUUUGGCAAGAGGCACUGGACCAGGUCGACGCCGGCAUUUGGAGAAAAUGCUGUCAGAAGGUGGAGGAGAAAAUUUUACACGAUUGUGCUCGUGAAUUGGAUAAUCCAAAUCUCAUACAAGAAGUCGAUGACACAAGCAUCACACCAAUGGAUGUAGACACUGAUGAAAAUGACGAUGAUGAUGAAUGGGAAGACAUAGCGGAUGAAGAGAUUGGCCUAUUGAAUGUCAGUGGAGUAGAUUUUUUGCCAGAGCUCCGUGAGAUGGAAGUGCCUUGUCAAGAAAUCUCCAAAGUUGAUAGCCAAUCGUCAAUCUUACCAAGGCUCCCUUCAUGUAAAAGAUCUCUUUUUGAGGCUUUCAACCAAGAAAAGAGUGAUCAAUCACUUUCGCCUCCUUUGCCCCAAAUCUCUCAAGAGGAACUUAAUAUGGCUGUAAGCUAUGUUGUGGAUAACUCUGAGCCAAAAGUAACAUCGCUGCUAGAUGAUUAUAAGGACUGUUUGGGCCCGGAUGACACACUAAUCAAAACAAAGGUAAAAAUAUCGAUAUAUGUGAGGGAUUUAAAAACAUUGUACCCUCCAACAUGGCUGAAUGAUCAGAUCAUCAAUGUCUACUUCGAGAUGAUUGCAGAAAGGGGAGCACCGUCAAUUUACGCCUGCAACACCUUCUUCUUUCAACAGCUGGUACGUGGAGGAUACACAUCUGUAAAAUCAUGGACUAAAAAGGUUCGAAUAUUCUCCAUGCGAAUGAUGAUGGUACCAAUUCAUCUGGGUGCUCAUUGGUGUUUGGCGGUGGUAAACUUUGAAGAUCAAUCGAUCAUUUAUUAUGAUAGCCAGUAUGGAAAAAAUGAUCCAUGCCUCCAAGCUUUGCUGGAUUACCUGUGCGAAGAGCACCUGGCCGUGGAAAAGAAGCCCCUCGAUCGAACUUUAUGGACCCUACAUCACGCCAAGGGUAUUCCAAGGCAAUUUAAUGGGUAUGAUUGUGGAGUGUUUGUCUGUGCUUAUGCUGAGCACAUUUCAAGAGGCGAGCCACUCAAUUUUUCAGCGAAGGAUAUGUAUAACAUUCGAGGACAAAUAUUGGAUGAAAUAAUAUCCAAUGUGUUACACUUCCCUUCGAACACAAAACACUACAGGAGAGAAAACUAAUCAGCAUUGGAUCGACUACCUUCUUCUGCUGCAACCUUGGACCCUGUCGUGAUCGGAGAAAUAAAAAAAAAAGAUAAGUAUUUUUUCAAACAUAACAUCUGUCUGAAAUGCUGAUAUUGGAAUAGUAUAUUAAAGCUGUCUGUCGAUUUUCAGAUUAUCCUGACUAAAUUUAAUCGAAGUAUAACAACAAAAGACUUUACGUGCAUUGAAAUGCAGACUGGUCGUCCAUGGACUUAUCAAACUGAUUUAUAUUGUGUAGCUGUUUCACCUCAUUGUCUUUAUUUUGAGGGAAACACAUGAGAGCUGUUUUGUCUGGUAACCGUUGGUUCAUUAAUUGAAAA